UCUGCGAUGGAUUGAUGGAACCCCGAGCCUAGCCUACCAUCUCUCUCUCUCGCACUGUCCUCUUCUCCUUCUGCAUUCCCUGCCGGUGCUGUUCCGAGUGCAUUGUUUGCUGUUCUGGAUCGAAUUGCUCCUCUAGAUAGUUGAAAUUACAGAUGGGUGCUUAAUCGGGUUUUCUAGAGUUUGGAGGCUAUGCCGAAACUGGGUUCCGUAAGCUGAGUUGAGGUGACUAAAAUGAUUCUUACAAAGCAAUACCGUUGCGUACACUCCGCUAGCUGUCAAUGCACCAAGGGGCAUUUAAGUGAAGAUGUGAUAUUCUUGGUAUUCCAACAACUAAAUUGGAAUCCCAAGUUAAUUGCCGCUCUGUCAUGUGUAUGCAAGUGGUUUGAUGAUCUUGCUAAGCGAUUAUUAUGGAAGGAGUUUUGCCGAACCAGAGCACCAAAGAUGAUGCUUGAUCUACAAUCUAGUGGAAGCCACAGUGUUGAUGGAAACUGGAGGGCUCUAGGGAAGCUGCUAAUCUACUGUUCAGGAUGCAACAAAGGUGGUUUGUUCAAUAGCAUUCAUAUCCCUGGUCACUUUGUUUAUCGGACUCGAUUUUCUAGAACAUCAGGCAAGAGCUUUCUUUUGCCACAAUGCAGAACUGAUGUUUUAUAUGUAUCUGAUCCUUGUGAGCAUCUUGACCAAGGUGAAGAUGGGGAUAUAGGAUUCUUCCGCGGAAUUUUUAAGUCAUUCUCUACUUCAAAGGUCAGGAAGAUGCUUAUAAAAAAAGGUGCCAAGCUCCAUCCAACAGAAGUUUGCCCUUAUUGUAAGGCAAAGUUGUGGAGCAUGCUGCAGGCCAAGAUGAUUCCUCAAAGUGCUAGCUGCAGGUUGGGUGCCUAUGAAGAUUGCAUUGAGUAUUAUGUGUGUCUUAAUGGACACGUGCUUGGUAUCUGCACCCUCUUGCCAUUGUCUGAUUCGGAAGAGACGUCUGAGUUGGAGUAAUAUCUGCUUGAUUCUCAGAUUCGCUACCAGUCCUUCCAUGAAGUAUGGUUAAACAUCACGCUGGUAUGCUCCCAAGUAAAUUUCUGUUUCUGCAGCAGCUGAAACCUACCAUUAUGAUAUCAUCUAAAACUGAUACCACGCGCUGCUGCUUUUCUUAAGCAAUGCUGGUGUUUCACCUGAAGAAUUGUGGGUGUCACUAACAAUUUUUGCAUGAAUUAUGAAUUAAAGGUUAUCAGUUGUUACUGUGAACGAUGUAGUGUCUUGUAUAUCAAAUAUGCGGAUGCCUCUGUACCUGGGUGACAGAUUGGCUUGUGUAAUAGCUCAUAGUUGUUCGGUACCAGUCAUGUUGAUUUACAUGUUCUCAUUAUCUCAUAAGUCUUAAAUUGCACAAAUCUUGUUAUUUCUGGUAGUAUAUGAAUAGAAAGAGGAUUAGUCUAUGCAUACACACUCAUACAGGGAAGAGGAGGUAUGUAUAGACCAAGUUGUGUAGGAUCAAGGAGGAAUAGCGUAUAAUAGAGAUUUGAUGCCUGAUGUUAGAGCACUGUUUCUGUGAAGGAAUGAGGAAGGUCUUUCAGAGGAUUUGGCCUCAUGUAUUGCAGAAGUAAAUAGAGCGAGCUAAAAUAAAGUCUGCUUGCAUUUGAUUCCAUUGUGA